AAAGCCAGUGUGGUGUGGGUCAUGUCGUCUAUAGUGUGAGUGUAAACAAGCAACAUGAGUGUCCCCCGAGGAGUAUUGUUGUUACUGUUGGUCCUUUUAUUCGGUUUUACUUUAGUUAAUUGUAAAAAGGAGCUCACACUCUCAGAACGCGUCCAGCAGUUGUCAGAUGCAGGGUUGAAGAAACCAGUCCUGCGUUUCAAUGGAGACAAGUUCCGCCAGUAUGUAAAAGGGACGCCUCGUAACUACUCCAUGAUUGUCAUGUUCACAGCCUUGGCUCCUUCUAGACAAUGUGGUAUUUGUAGGCAUGCACACGAUGAGUUCCAGCUGGUAGCUAACUCCUGGCGGUACUCUCAGGGCUACUCCAACAAACUCUUCUUUGCUCUUGUAGACUUUGAUGAAGGUCCAGAUGUCUUCCAACAGCUGCGCCUCAACUCUGCUCCUGUGUUCAUGCAUUUCCCGGCUAAAGGAAAACCCAAGAAGGUCGAUACUCUCGACAUUCAGCGAGUUGGAUUUGCUGCCGAAAGUAUAGCUCGGUGGGUCGCUGAGAGGACGGACAUCCAGAUCCGAGUGUUCCGUCCCCCCAAUUACUCUGGGCUGCUGGCUCUGGUGGUUCUGUUGGCAUUGGUGGUCGGCCUCCUCUACCUGCGCAAGAAUAACCUCGACUUCCUCUACAAUAAGACUACCUGGGCUCUUGGUGCACUGGCCUUUACCUUCGCUAUGACCUCAGGCCAAAUGUGGAACCAUAUCCGAGGACCACCAUUCCUGCAGAAGACUCAAGCUGGGAAUAUUGCUUACAUCCAUGGAUCAUCACAGGGACAGUUUAUUGUUGAAACUUAUAUUGUAGCCAUGCUCAAUGCAGCUGUUGUUUUGGGUAUGAUCCUGAUGACUGAAGCUGCCAACAAACGCGACGACGUGAGGAAACGCCGUAUCUAUGCCAUCAUUGGGCUGGGUCUGGUGGCCUUCUUCUUCUCACUCUCUUUGUCCAUAUUCCGUUCAAAAGCCCACGGAUACCCAUAUAGCUUUCUUCUGAAAUAAACCCUGGAGAGCAGAGUGAAGCAAGUCCCAGCAAGUUUUCUUCUGAAAUAUUUUUUAUUUGGUUAUGGAGUGAACUUACAUACCGGUAGUCUGAUUCUGGUAUGGCUGCCUUACAUUUGAGUAGUGUGAGAUCCUUGAGAGUUACUAUUUAUUGUAGAUAGUAAAAUUUAUUUUAUUUUUCAUUUACUUUAUUUUCUAAUUACCUGAUAUCUACUGCGAUUAUUACAAACAUUAUGCUUGUGUAAGAUUGUGUUGUGUAGAUGGAUAUGAACUUGAAAGGGAUAUUUACUGCAGUUAGUCUUUGCAUUCCAACAAGAAGGUAUGAUUGUUUACCCUUGUGUUGUUUUAGCAACUUGUAUGAUAUUUAUUUAAAAAUAUUAUCACAGCUUCCACUUGUGGUGUUACUUUAUGAAUAGUAGUUUGAAUUUACCAUCAGACACUUAACGUCUUUAUGAUGAAUCUUUUUUGUUUUCUGUUUUGUAAAUGUCAAAGUGAGACGAUCUAACUUUGGUAUUAUAAAUCAUCAAAUAAAAGGAAUUAUGCAAAAUC